AUGUUGACGUUUUGUCCGUACUGCUCGAACAUGCUGAUUAUUGCACGGUCAGAGGAGAGCGGCUCGAACGCAUUCACGUGCCCGACCUGUCCGUACGAAUUCCCGAUAAUGGGGUUGCAGAUGUUCGAAAGGAAGGUGUUACCCCAGAAGGAGAUUGACGACGUGCUGGGAGGGGCAGGAUCGUGGGAUAAUGUUGACCAGACAAUGGCGCAAUGUCCGCGAGAGGCUUGUGGAAACGACCGGGCCUACUUUUUCCAGUUGCAGAUCCGUUCUGCGGACGAACCGAUGACCACCUUCUACAAGUGCACAAAGUGCUCGCAUCAAUGGAGGGAAAACUAG